CGUCACAGCGCUCCGCAAGGCAAACGUUUUGUAAUUUCUGAAAUAAAGAUUGAAUUCAUUCCAAAAUUGGCAACUUUCAGAUGAUUUAAAAUUAUUUGAAAUUAACCUACUUGAAACUAUUCAUUUGAGUUGGACUAGCGAAACGAAAACAUUGAUAAGUAUUUUACGCAAGUUACAUUUUGAACCGUGAGAAUAUAAUUGACUCAAAGCGGCUCCGAUAUCUACAGACAAUCUAUUUUUUUUUAUUUAUAUACUUCUUAUUUCUUUCACUUGGCUUUGCGUUGAACAUUUUUCACAGUCAAACAAUAUUUAGUAAAGCGAGCGCAUUCAAAUGAAUAAAAUUCAACAAAAUGGCUACUAAAUAACCAGCAAUACUGACAAGAUAAUUGACACAUAGGAGACAGAGAGAGAGAAAAAAAAUAUCAAGCCUAAUCACAAAAUAUUCGCUCCGCUGUCAAGCUUUGGGUUUUGCAAAAAGAAAAACCACAAUAACACACAAUAAAUUUGGAAUUUUAUCAAAGUAAAAAAAGAGAUUCCGUCCUGUUUCAGUCGUUCUGAGUUUGUUUAACAGGCUCAAUGCAGAAGAGUUCGAGUAAAAGACACCUUAACUGUGAAUUGAAAAACAAAAAAAGAAGGAGGGAAUAGAUCUAUUAGUGUUUUGGGGUCAGAUAAAUCAAAAAGUGAUUUCACUCCACCUGAAAAAUAUUCGAUCCUUGUAAGAGAUAUUUCUCUUCCAACAACAAGAAUCUCUCUUCCAAAAAAAACAGUACAAAUCAAAAUUUAUAGCGAAAAAAAACAGUAGAAACAAAAAAAUCAGUGUACGCAAAAUCUAGAAGCAUCAAAUUAUUUAAAAUAAGGUACACGCACCGACCAGUAACAAUUGUUAUCGAUCAAAGAGAAAUAACAAAAUAUGAUACUUUCAUCGUAACAUGAAUUUAAAUUUAUAAUCAAUUGUUUGUACAGUGAUUUUAAGAGUGAAAGAAUGAAUUUAGUUAAAUUUUUCGCAGCAUUUGUAAUGAACGUACGCAUUCAUAGCCGCGUGCAAUAUGUAAUGUCAAAUGUGAUAAAAUCAUUUAUUUGUAUGUUCAUACGUGGUUUCUUGCAUAUGUGUGUGUUUUUUUUAUCUUAAAUGAGCAAAAUAAAUAUGUGAUACAUGAUUGUCUCGUGUAGUUCGUAAACACACUGAGGCAAAUCAACGACGUCGAUGACUAUAAUUCGCAUUGAUAUCCCACAUUGCUUUUGUAUCGAUUUUUCUCUCAUAUAUAUAAUUUGUAAAAAUUUCAAAACGAAGAGAAACGAAAAGACAACAACAGCCAAUUUUGAUCACCUCGAAAGUCGUAUGAUAAUGAAAGUAUCAUAAUUAUUUUAAAAGCGGAUGAUUUGAUGGCUAACAUAGUCACAGGAAAAAUAUAGACAAGUUAUUCAUCGUAGGAUUUUACAUAUAUUUUGUCAUAUAGCAAAAAGUACAUCCUAAAAAAUUUAAUCCCAAUUUAGUGUGGUGAUUUACAUUUAAAAAGCGUUCAUUCGAAUUUUUGUGAAAAGGUAACGACGAAAUCAUCGCUUUAUUUUAUGAGAUUCAGAUGGCGCGCAGUAUAAUGGCUGCCGUUGCUGCUGUCGCUACCACCACAACAUCGUGCUCAUGUACAAAAAUCUCUAUAAUGCACUUGUUUCAUGAAAUGAAACAAAAAUUUCCAACCGUUCCCGACAAUGUCGUAUGUGAGUUUGUUAGUCAAAAUUGUCACGAUCGCUUAGCGUGUAUAGAUGGUCUUGAAGAUUAUCCCAAUUCGGCAAAUGUAUAUCCAGCUGCAUUACGAAAUCAACCGAUUAAAAAGAAAGCAUCAAAUUGCAAUCAGCAACGACAAACCAUUGGUCUUUCAAUCUUAGCAAAUACUGUUGCCAAAGAAAAUGCAAUUCCAAACAUCGCAAAGAGUGUUCAAGUGAAUAUACCGAAUACAUUAAAUUCAAACAAUUUAAACUGUUGCACACAACCAGUGAAUCGACCGACCCGGCAGGCACCACCUCCACCCACAACUUCUUCACCACAUCAACAACAAAAAUCUACACCGAAUCUUCAUCAACCGAAUUUGAAUCUCUCUGUAAAUGUCAUUGUUUCGGGCUCAGCACGGCAAACAAAGCCACAACAGCCAUUAUCACAUUGUAGUUUCACUUUGCAUCAACCAAACAACAAUAACAGUAAUAGUGAUAAGAAUAAGAAAACAAAAAUUACAAGCACAACACAUACCAAUUCAAAUAUGCCCACUAGAACAACUGAAACCGAUAACAAUGUGGAUAUACCUAGUUUACGAUACACAAGCAAUUCAUAUGAUGCCGAUAUUGGAUAUCAAAGUCGAUUAGAAAUUACAGUGGCUGGAACGAAUUCAAGAUUAUCGAAUGAAAACAAUGAACAACACAUGAAAAAUACCGGAAAUUGCAUAUCAUUGCGAAGAACGUGUGAAACAACAUCAACUGGAAAAGAACGUUACUUUCCUAAUCUCAUAGGAAGUUCGGAAUUCAUAAGAGAAACUAAAAUAGUGCAUCAUCAAAUAUUGUGUAAGCAGAAACUUGUUCUUGAAUUAGAAAAAGAUCGAAAACGUUUGGAACGUAUGCAACGUGAAUUGCUUGCAAUUCAAGCGCCAUUGCCUCAUGGCGGUCUUACGGCAUUGAAUUUUGAAAUUGAAGAGCUACAAAAAAAUUGCAGGCUUUUAGCUCAACAAGUAGAAGAGUCUGGUCCUUAUGCGCUUGGUGAAACAAAUGAAGCGUUUUAUCGAAAUAUUCAUACAGGUCAACAGCAACAGCGACAACCUCUGCGACCUCAUCGACCAGCUCCACCACCACAUAGUCAACCAAUCAUUGAAACGAAUAUUGCCGGCGCUGGUAAUGCACGUUUUAAUUCAUUGACACCAACAACACAAUCUGCGUUAAUCUUUUUGAUUUCACAUUACAGCAAUCCAAUUCCCGUGAAUGAGGACGCCGAUUGGAUUUGUAAUUUAUGUACAUUCCAAAAUAAGUAUACACAGCAAACAUGCGAAGCCUGUACGAUGCCAUUCUUAUCAGCGGUGAUGUCAGCGAACGGCGAAGAUAUUCAUAUUCAUUUGUUUCCGGGUCAAAAUAGUGUGAUACAUUCGUGGGUAGUUUCUUAAAAUUUUGUGAAAUAGAAAAAUAAAAAUAGAGAAAAAUGCAUAUUCAUAUUUUAAUGUGGUCUCCCAAUUGUCUACUUUGGAACCGAUACAUCUAAUGGUAAGAAUGAUCAGUCAAAUCCAACGAAAAUUCUAGAUGCAGAUUAUCUAAUGAAAUUUACACAAAAACAAUAAAUACGACAUCAAUGAAACCUUCCCAAUAAACAAUUGUUGUGGCAAAUUCAUUCAUUAUCGGGCAUAUGUUGACGGUCGAAUUUUGGCCCGGAUUUGUGUGUAGUUUCAAUCGAAUUCAACGUCAUCAAUUGAAUGAAAACAAAAAACAAAAAAAUUCAAUUCUCGCGCCACAUCACACUCAAAGAGAAAACAAUCAAAUCAAUUCAUUGCAAUACACAUCGAAAUUCUAGUAAAAAAAUUAAUUUCAAGAAGAAUACACAAUAAUAAUUGAAUUUCAUCUCACCAUCAGCAUCACCAAUUUUUUUGAAAUUUUUGUAUGAAAAGUGUGCCGAAAGUUAUUUGUAUCGCAAAACACCUACAGCGAGUAGCAAGCUUUUGUGUCACAGGGGCUAUGAAAACAACCCCCCAAUCUUCUCUUGACGCUCUCUUGGGUCUACCAAGGCUGGAAGACUUCAUAGAGUCUGAAGCAAUGAAAACGGCCUAUAGAUUGAGAAUGGAAAUAAAGACUAGGAUAAGUCCUAGAAAUUUGCAUGAUGAUGCCCUAACAAAUUUUUUCAAAAUUGAUGAGGUUCUGGGGGCUCCUUCUGAAAAACUCAUUACGACCUCCUACAAUUUCGAUAGGAGAUUCGAGAUUAUUAUAAGAAAAAAUCUCAAUGAAUUCUUCCAACAAAAACAAUGGGUACAACACUCCUUUUUCACUGAUGGUUCUGUCAGAGAAUCAGGUAGUGGAUGUGGGUUCUACUGUGAAAGAGAGAACCUCACCUAUUCAAUUCCCCUGGGACAAACAACAACAGUCAAACAGGCGGAAAUAUCUGGAAUUAUUCAUUGCGCAUACAAAAUACAGGAGAACCCAGUACAGGGAAAUAUAGCCAUCUUCACAGAUAGUUUUGGAGCCAUAACGGAUCUUAAUAAUAUUAAGAUGCAAAAUGCUUGGCUAUGAACUGUUACGAAGCACUCCAGUGCAUUUCAGAAACGAACACCCUUAGGGUGGUUUGGAUCAAAUCUCACAUUGGUAUUCGGGGGCAUGACCUGGCAGAUGGAGCGGCAAAACUUGCUGCACGUGAUGUUAUAGAGAGUCCAGAACCAUACAUACCAAUUGAAUAUUCACGAGUCAAGAACAGUCUAGCUACUUGGCUCAGAAACAAAUCCCAACUAAAUUGGCAGGGUACGUUCUCAUGUGAACAAACGAAACACUUCGUUCAAUUCACAUGUUCAAAUCACUUACGAUCGAAUUAGCCAAACUACCCAAGGAAGACCUUCGGAUGGUUAUUGGUUUACUGACCGGACACGCCAGCUAGGGGGGAGACACAAACGAUUAAACCAUGAUUCCAAUACAAAAACAAUAAUCCUACUAUUCCACCAAUCCGUCAUUUCAUUGUCAAAUGUGAUGUCACAUU